UUUAUUCUCGCUUAGAGUUGUAAUCAGAAUGCACAUUUCAUGUACGUACAUAUGUUACAUGAACUGACGCACUGUUACCGAAACAUGUUUCAUAUUGCCGUUAGAAAUGUCGAUUUGAAAAGAAAAAAGAAAACAAUGUCGAGUGUUCCAGCCAAUUCGUGAUGUUUACGAAAACAAAAGUGUCCUUGUGGGUCUUGGGAUCAUCCGUAAUUUUGGACGUUGCUUUCAGCAGCUGAUGCAGGAUUGAUUACUACAGAAUUACAGAUAUCGCCUGGCGAAACUUUCAAUUCAAGGAAAGCCAACGUAUAUGGAAGCAAGGAAGAUGGGAGACUAAGUCCUUAUACUAUUUUAGCUCGAUGACGUCAGCUGAGAGGUUCUCGCGCUCUCUGUAGUAAAACCCUGACCCAGCCGCCUCUAGUCUCCACACACACACACACAUAGAGAGAGAGAGAGAGAGAGAGAGAGAGAGAGAGAGAGAGAGAGAGAGAGAGAGAGAGAGAGAGAGAGAGAGAGUCACAUGUGGGAGGGAGAGCAGCGCGGAACAUGGUGGAACCUCCACUGAAAGUGAAAUCGGUGCAUACGAACUCGAACUUAUAAGUACGGGCAGCAGUGCUGUAGCCUUACCAUGAAGCUUGCAAGCGGAGGAGGAGGAGUUUCGUUUAUUGCGACAGGGAUUUGAAUUAGUGUCUGCAGUUUAUUACGUCGGGAUGAGCUAGGUGGUGAGACGUCGAAAGUGAUAAUAAUGUGUCGGUUGUGAUAUAACUUUUCACUGUUAGCCAUCGAUAUUGUAUGAAAGGUCGUGGGAUGUCGAAAGCGCUCGUAUUCCUUGGGGUGAUCGUUACUGCCAGCAUAAUGCUCAGCUAUCAGUAUCUCCCCAUGAGAAGGUUCUCCCCCGAAGAUCAGUUCGACUUUGAGAAUGUGACGAUCAGAAACCCCCUGCCCCCUCCCCAUCUGCCCGAAACCUACACUAUCUCGGAGCCCGACUUCUGCAGCCGACAUCCUGACCUGCAGAUCAUCGCUUACGUCCACUCCUCCGUCAACGAGACGGAGAAACGGAGGGUCACCCGAGAGACGUGGGCCAGAGCCAGCGAAUUCGACAGUAGGGUCAGGGCGGGGGUCGUCUUCAUGGUAGGCUCUGCCAAAACGCCCAGCGAGGCAGCCAUCGUCAUGGAGGAGAGUCGGGUCCACCGUGAUAUAGUGCAGGGAGAAUAUGACGACAGCUACCACACGCUGAGUUACAAAGCCCUGGCAUCUCUGAGGUGGGUAUCCGUCUACUGUCCUCACGUCCCGUGGACGCUACACGCCGACGACGAUGUCCUCUUGGACCUCUUCCUGUUAAACAGGUUCCUGAAGGUGGUCGACACCGACGACAGCUUCUUCUGCUUUAACUGGAAGGGGUCGGAGGUGAGACGCUCCGGCAGAUGGCGCGUCAGCCUUGGCCAGUUCCCCUGGAAGGCCUACCCGCCAUACUGCUCCGGCGCCGUGUGGAUCCUGGCCACUCGCCUCAUCCACAGGCUUCUGACCGCAUCUCGCCAAGCGCCCUUCCUGUGGGUGGACGACGCCUACGUCACCGGCGUCCUGGCGAAGAGAGCGGGCAUAGGACACUUCGAACACUUCAAGGAGUUUCUGAAAAAGGACGAGAUCACGGAGAGUGAUUUUGGGAAGGUCAUCGCUUGGGUCCACAUACCCGACAGAGGACACUGGUGGAGAACAUUGCUCUCGCAUUAUAGAUAUAGAGAUCGUGAAAAUAGAUAUAAUAUAUUCGAAGUGCCGUCGGGGACGUGAUGAGACGGUUCAGUGCAAAAGUGCCAGUAUAGAAAACAUGAGGUGCCAAUACGAAAAUCAAGUGCCAACGUGAUAAUCAAGUGCCAAUGUCGAAGUGCGUUUUUAUAAACCCAAGAAUUAUGAUAUGCAACUCUGAAUUUAAUACAGGAAUGACAAGUUCUUUUGGAUUACAGGUGAAUCUAAGUGUAGAUAUACUUAUACAUUUA